AUGGACGUCUGCACCCUCUCGCCAGACGCGGUCGUCGGCUUCAACAGGACGGACAACAGCACUCUCUUGCUGUCCGACUUCAACGCCUCCCGCCGCAACAUGGAGCCCUGCGGCGCCCCGACCUACCUCCGUCCCGACCCCGGCGGCUGCCUCCUCCCCUGGCCGUACACGAUGGCGUGGAUCCUCAUCCAUUUGCCCGUGACCGUGCUGCGCGUCACGCGGUGGGAGAAGGUGCAGGCCCUCUCGAUCAUACUGGCCUUCUUCAGCGUCUACUUCACCGUCCAGGCGUACACCACGCACCUCGUGCCCGACCAGGUCAUGGUGUGGAUGCCGCUGGCGGUGGUGCUGGACAUCGGCGCCAUGAUGCAGCUCGUCUUCCUGAUCGUGGAGGAGAACGGCAUCGCGCUGUUGUGGAGCGCCUUCAGGGAGUCGAUUGUGCGUCCUUUUAGUAGACAUAAUGCCGGGGAUGUGCGUUUUCCGGGAAGGAGAGAGCAGACGGCUGAACGCAGCAAGACAACCCCAGUGCGCGUCGUCUCCCUCGGCCCGGAGCCCGUGCCCGCAGACCGCGGCCUCAUCGGCCAGGCCUGGCUAACCGUCCUCGCCCUCAUGCUCCUGAUCACCCUCCUGGUCCUCCAACUCAUCGGUCUCGCCCUGGCCGCCAAGGGCCGCAACGUCGAGAACCUCAAGGCGCGGUGGUGCUCGCCCAUGUUCCAGUCGGCCGAGUCGACCCUCGUGAGCUGCGACACGGCGCCCCUGCUGGUCGACAAGAGCGCCAGCCAGGGCAUCGGCUGCAUCUCGCUGCCCGCGGACGAGCAGUACCACUGGCUGAGGGCGACGGUGGCCGUGCUCUCCCUGAGCCUCGUCUUCGAGCUCUUCGACGGCGCGAUCCUGGUCAUGGUGGGCAACAACACGCGCUGGUGGAGGGCGCGGAUGAAGAGGCCGUGGUUCACCAUGUUCACGGGCAACGCGGUGCUGCUGUGUAUCCUGAUCGUCGGUGUCGUGAGCAGCUCGCAGCUGCCCAGCAGCGUGAACAGGGUCGUGUGGGUGUUCAAGUACGAGCAGAGUCUUCACUCGGCGGUGGUGUGUCGUGGGACGUUGAUCUCUGCGGGCGUGAGAGGAUCGAUUAUUGGUUGGACUGAUGGGUUCUUGCAGAGCUGGGGAAAGACUUACGGGGGAUCUUGA